AUGUACAGCCUGAAGAUGAAUCCUCAUGACAUCAAUGCUGGCCACCAGCCUUUGACCUUUGUAAAACAUGCUCAUAAGAGAAGGGUAAUCUCUAAAAGGGAAGCGAAAAAACCAAAGAACACAAAGAGAAGAGUGAAGUUCAACAAGAAGGAGUUUGAAAAGAAGCUUCAACAGCAGGAAAAGGAAGAAAAAGAAUCUGGUGUGGCUAAAGAUGAAUCAACAGUGGAUACGUCAGAAGUUCUGUCUUCCUCAAAUUCUUUGAUUCCAGAGUCUGGAAAGGAACGAGGAGGGUCUUCAUCUACUUAUGAGUCAUACUCUGAAUCUUCAGAUUCAGAAGACAAAAACGACAUUGAUGAUGAUGACGAAGAUGAUGAUGACAGCUCUGACGAUGAUGAUGAAGAAGAAGAUGAUGAUAGCUCUGAUACCUCUGAGGAUAAAACUGAGUCCACUGAAGAGAUUUCACUGACGUCAGAAGAAGAGAAGAAGUCAAAGGACGUCUCAAUGUCAGCCAUCCCUCACUCCGGGCCUGACUCCUCGCCUCCCGCUUCCUCAGAUUCUACAGACGAGAGCAGCGGAUCCAAGGCAAUAUCUGGCAGUUCCUCUGAUGUGUCCUACACCAUGAGUUCUGACGCAUCGGUGUAUUCUUCCUCGGAAGAAAAUUACGAAGGGAGCGGAAGUAAGAGUUUGGAGGAAGGUUCUGCAUCUAACGAAAAGGCUAAGACAAAGUCAGAGAAGAAGGCGAAAAUUAAAGCAGCUCAUAAGACGAAAAAGGGCAAGAGGGUAAAACUUGGUAAAAAGAGUAGUAAAAACAGAAUCAAUGUCAAUGAUAAUAAUUUGAAACUGCAUCCUUUGAGUGAUGAAAAAGAACACUCUUUGAACAAAAAAACUGCAGAAGACCAUUCAUUACGGUUGGAAAUGACUACUGGUAAUGUAUUGUACAUGGAGAAAGAUGAACAUCUCAAAGAGAAAAGUAAACAGCUGUCAGAUAGAGAAGUUCACUUCCAAGUCACCACUGAAAGAGUGUUAAACUUACACAAUGCAGCUAAGAAAGAAGAACCCUAUAGAAGUGCUGCAGGAUCGAACCCUUCAUCAAGUAGAAGGAAAGUUUCAACCAACGGUGGAUCAUUAGCCUCUAAAGAGAGACCUGCCAUGGAACUAUUGAAAGUGAAGCCAGCCGAUCCCAACAGGAAGUCUGAUCUUGAACAAGAGUUGAUUAAGGAUUACCCAGAGAACGGAACAGUGGAGAUCACAAACUGGGCAGGAACGUUUGCUCCAAUACACGGAGAGCCGUAUGUUGCUCCUCUUCAUCAUCAGCCUGAUGAGUUUUGGGACGCCAUUUACACUUCAAAGGACCCCGACCUACCUACACCGCCCGGUGCUGAUGUCAGUGAAGAGGCAACAGUAAAACCUCUCAAAGGUCCAGAGAUCAGCAUGCGCCGGCUUGCCACCAUGUUGGGUUCUGUUGUGAGUAUAUUCAGUAGCUUCCUCCUUCCAGCAUUUCUAAAAUUUCCGCAACGUGUUGUUCAGAAUAGGAUCGGAAGAAACAGUCGGACACAUUGA